CUUCUGUGUCAACUUUGCUCCGCCCUAGUGCGGGGGUGACACUAGUAGUGAAGGCGCAAUGGCGACAACGAUCGGUCUGCAGGACCUCCCCCCAACACCCCUCCUUUCCGAGAAACACUCCGGCAUACCUGAGCGCUGGGCGGAGCAGUGCAAAGAGUCCAAGGCACGCCUUUACUCUCUGAAGACCCUCCCUGCAUCCGUACCCCGCGAAGGAGAGCUGCCCGUCCUGCCACCAGGAAUAGACCGGCCCACUUUCAACACAGCUAUCGCGGAGCUGAAGGAGACGCUGGGAGAAGAGCAUGUCGAGCUGAAUGACAAGCCUCUCGUGGACGGAUGGUACAUGGAGCACCCGAACACCCAUGAUACGUUCCACGUACUCGAGCAGUCAAAGCUCGUAUCCUCCGCGCAGGUAUACCCCGGCUCAGUAGAAGACAUCCAAACCAUCGUCCGCUGGGCUAAUAAAUACCUCAUACCAAUCUACCCCAUAUCCAUCGGUCGCAACAUGGGAUAUGGCGGAGCGGCGCCGCGCGUCCCCGGGUCCGUGACCAUCGACCUCGGGAGACGCAUGAACAAGGUGUUGAAGAUCGAUGGGAACAGCGCGAGCUGCAUCGUCGAGCCCGGCGUGACCUACUUUGCGCUCUACGAGGAAGUCCAGAAAACGGGAUUGCCCUUGUGGAUCGACACGCCGGACGUGGGCGGCGGGAGUGUCUUGGGAAACUGUAUAGAUCGUGGGGUCGGGUACACUCCCUACGGCGACCAUUGGGCCAACCACUGCGGCCUGGAGGUGGUCCUCCCCUCGGGCGAAAUUAUGCGGACGGGCAUGGGCGCCCUACCGGGCAAGAAUGGCGCGGACAAUCCCUCCUGGCAAGCCUUCCAGCACGCAUACGGGCCCUCCGUCGACGGGAUCUUUAGCCAGUCCAACUUCGGCAUCGUCACCAAGAUGGGGAUGUGGCUCAUGCCCGCGACGGGGCACCAGAGUUACAUGAUUACCUUCCCCGAGGAGGACGACUUUGAGCAGAUCAUCGAGAUUAUACGCCCGCUCGCGCUGAACCGCGUACUGGGAAAUAUACCGCAGCUGCGCAGCGUCAUCCAAGAGCUCGCGAUCACAGGGAGACCAAAGUCGGACUUCUACGACGGGAAGGAUCCGAUCCCGAUGGAGGUGAUCAAGGCACAUGCAAAGAAUAUGCCGUGUGGGGAGUGCGCCUGGGUUUUCUACGGGACGGUUUACGGGCCAGAGGAGACGCGAAAUUCGCAGCUAGACAUCAUCCGCCAGGAGUUCUCGAAGGUGCGGGGGUCCAAGUUCUUCUUGCCGGAAGACAUGCCCGAAGAUCACUACAUCCACCCGCGCGCGAGGAUCUGCUCCGGCGUGCCCGAGCUGCGCGAGCUCGACUGGCUGAAUUGGAAGCCCAACUGCGCGCACCUCGCGUUCUCGCCGAUCACGCCGACGCGAGGCCAGGACGCGCGCAUCGUGCACGAGAUCGUGACGCGGCUGCAUAAGAAGUGGGGCUUCGACUCGCUGCCGACGUGGUGCGUCUCCGGGCGGGAGAUGCACUACAUCGCGGAGAUCCUCAUAGACCGCUCGGACCCAGACGAAAAGCGCAGAGCGAUUUGCUGUAUGCGCGAGAUGAUCACGGAGGCGGCGGCGGAAGGAUAUGGGGAGUACAGGACGCACUUGAUUUUCCAGGACCAGAUUUCGCGAACGUAUGGAUGGGGGAAUCAAGCCCUGAUGCGCUUUAAUGAGACACUUAAGGAUGCGUUGGAUCCAAAUGGUAUCUUGGCCCCCGGCAGAGCAGGGAUAUGGCCCAAGAGUUACAGAGAUAAGGGUUGGGAGAUCUUACCCGAGGAUGAACCGCGAACAUCUGUCAAGACCAACGGCGUAAUCCACUGAGCAACCAUUCUCUUGUUUAUGUGUAGAUUUGUGGAUCUUGUAUACUAGUAGAUUUAUCGAAG